GUACAGGGAGGAAAAAAAUGUGAACACACACGUGGGAACUGACAAGAGGCAAGUCUGAUCGUUAGCUUGAAAGGGGAAAAAAGGAGGUCAGUUUCUAACCUGAUGUAGUUCGGUGAUCUCUGAGCAUUGGGACAGCUGUGUACCCAUUCUUGCUAGGAAUUUGGUCCUGCUAUAAACGUCCUUUUGGCAGCAGUUUACAUUUAAUUUUAGGUGGUGCUGGGCCAGGGUAAUGCUUAAUGGCAGAUGGUAACCUUUGCUUGGGGCUGAUCCAGAUGCUUCUGGAUUCUGACUCCACCUUUUUCCUCUACCACGCUUCCUAAAUUUGCACCCCCAAACUUGAUUGAAGUCCAGCAAACGUUGCAAAACUCCUGUUGAUUUCUCCUGGCAUUUUGGUCAGCAGGUAGUUACAAAAUGAUGGCUGUGCAUAUAUGCUAAGAUUUGCCCUGGCCUUGUGGCACUUUCCUUUGGCUACUUUAACAAGGUCAGCGCAUAUGGUCAGUCCUCCACACUGUUAACUCAGCAACAUAUAUUUACACUUUGCUUUGGUAUACAGUAAUGAUAAGUCUCCCCUUGUUUUUCUCCCCUGUAGCUUCAGAGGGAGCUAUCUUGAAAGGAUAUCCGGUUGCUGAUGUUUAUGGUCAUGGCACUAGGAAGAGGCAGCUCCAGUUUUAUAGCAGCAGCAGCAGCCUUCAUUUGCAAAGCAUCUUUCCUGGUAAAGGGAUUCGAUGAAUUUUGCUAAAAGAUGCUCAGAACGAAAUGUGGCCACCUCUGAGGGAGAACACAGUGAGUGUGUCAUUACUGGCUGUUUAAUUGUGUGCAGCAGCCCUGUGCAGACGGAGUAGGCGAGGGUUAGUCAGCCCACUGCAAAACUGCAGGUGGAGUUUCUUUUUAACCAGUUGAUUCAUAAUCACGUCCACAAAAUUUCAUCAGUCCUCGUCUUGUUUUAAAAAUGGAAGGAGGCAGACAUUGUUCCCUAGGGCUGUCUUCUGCCCAGUAUUUAGUGUUUCAUUUAGAGAAAUACUCCCGUUAGAGUCAUCCCUACUCCUUUCAACUCAGGAAACCAGAAGCAGGCUUUGUAGCUGGCAAUGAGAGUCCUCAGAUUAAAGGUAUUUUGAAAAAUGUUGGAGGUUUAAAAAAAAAAGAAAGAAAUCAGGAUUCUCAUCAACCCUAUUUUUUCCACAGAACACUAAAUAUCUGUUUUUAAACUCUGCACCAGAAUGCCAGAUACUGUGGUUUUAAAACGGUACAUGGAUAUUUCAGCGGAACUGAAAAUCACAAGUGUUCCCUGCGGGCUGGGUUCUGUAGUUGGAUUAUUAUCUCCCAUCAGACAUUUAGCUCUUUUGAUGCUCUCCCUCACCGUGACACGUGCAGUUCAGUUGAGGACGUGAAAGCAGGCAACGCCCAAGAGAAGAGUCACGGCAAGAUUUGAGAACAGAAUGUUUCUCAGUUUUGAUUUUUCACCCCAAAAGCUGGGCUUCCUCACAGGCACCACCUAGCCACUGCUCUGCUGGUACUCUUUCCCUGUGGUGCUGCCACUUGAUUCUACCUUGUCCCUCUAGCAGCAUGCUGUAGGCCGUGGGAUGUUCUUUCUGACAGUAGAUCCCAGAAAAUGAUUAAAUUAAAGGCAGUUAUCUUAGACUUGACUUAAGAUUUUUCACUAGCAGUGCAGAAAGUAAACAUCUUUGCUGAAGAAUGCCUCUCCCAGUCCCCAUUAGUGGAUUGCCAUGUCUUGCAUCGGUGUGAGCGUCUAGUCCCAUGUAAGGCUUGUUAGAGCAUUUGUGCUUAAGGCCAAGCAUUCCCAUAGCUGGAAUUUCACAAAGGAAUUUUAACACUCCUCCUGGAAACAGGUGCCAUAGGGUCUAUAUGAGCCACUGAGUAUUCAGGUCUAGUCUUUUUAACCUGCCACAAAUCUGUGAGGAUACAAAAGCUCUGCUUUAGACUUACAAAGCUGCCGGUUCUUUUGUUGUUUGCACACAGUGAGAGAGAUCCCACAGUUUUCCAUGGAAGCACAAAUGCUGGGUAGUGACUGCUUUGCACAAUGUCUUAUUGGUCUUGUUUGUGUCGUCUGUGUCAGAAAUUACAUCUCUUAUUUUUCUGUGAUGUUACCGUUGCAUAUGAUGGCCAUGCCAUGUCUUCUAGGGCUCUCUGCUUGACUUCACAUUAUUUUUUCAUAAGGUACAAAUGUAAAAGAUCUACUAUUGCACUCUCUUGGACUGUAGGGGAAAAAAAAAAAAGGGACACAUUCCAACAGCUGCCCUUGUAACAGUGUGAAUCCUGACUGGUAAGCCCAGUGAGACAGAAAACUUACCAUUUGCUUCCAGUGGUCAAGGUCUUCAGGUAAGGUCACUGGGAGAAAAACAGAAGGGCUGUUGAAGGUUGUGCAUUCUUCUGUGCUAUUUGGAUGCAGUCCUCGACCUGCAGCGUUGCCCUGGGAGCUUUCUAUUUCAGGUCCCCAUGCAGCCUCAUACCAAGAAGGUGCUGAGCAGCAGUACAGGUGCAGCUAGUAACACCUGCUCUGCGCUUACCCAGCUAUUCCAUGUACCUGGUGCCAGUACGGUACUGAACUCCAAUGCCUGUUGUCGAGGCGUAUGUUUGAGUUCUCCCAACUUGACUGUAAAAUGGAAGUUUUUAGUCAGUUGCUUUUGAAUUCAGGAGGAAAUAAAUUCAAUCUGGGUAAUGCUGGUUUUCUUUUUUGGCUUUAGUCUUUCUUUUAGAAAAUACAAAUCCUUUUAAUCCCUUCUGGUAUUUUCCUUAAGGUAUCCACAUCCCCUGGAGAUAAUGGGCUGCCAUUGCUUUUCCUGCUGCAAUUUGCAGUCAUUUCACUUUUAGGUUUCUGUUGGGCAUAUGGCUCCAGGUGUUACUUUUCCUUCUUAAUAGCUGUUUCUCAUAAGAGUGGCUCCUGUCACAUCCUUUCAAUGCAAGGGGACUACUGGAGGCAUCUCCUUCUGUAUAAAGUUGGUUACCAUCAUGGAGGCCUUUGUGCUGUACUGGUGAAAUGGGACUGGGGAAGAAAAUUCUGGUGUUAUUAGUCAGAAAGGGCGGAUAUGCAUACACAGCAAGCUGUGGUCAGAAAAGCCUUUUUGUUUUAGGAAAGUAGGCUACAAACAGCUUGUGUCCUAUCCUCUAACACUGUGAUUGCAUUCUGGGAGAAAAUGGAAAGGAAGGGUUUUGUAAGCCUUGGGCAUACCCAAUCCCAUUUCAUCUCAGACCUUCUUUCUUUUUCUACCUUCUGUAUUUCAGGCAAGUGUCUUUGACUGUUUGGGACCAUCUCUUCUUUCUUCUCUGGGACUGAAUUUCCUCUCUGUAAUUUAUCGGUCACCGACUCAUCUCCUUGCGUUGCCUGCCGUGCCCUAAGCUGUUUUCAUGUCUUGAUGGAUCAGUGGACAUCGUUUUGAGUUGGACCAGCUGAAGCUGGUCCUCACAAAUGUAUUUUGCCCUUACCUCACCAAGGAUUCGUGAGACCCAGUAACUUAGAGAGUUGAUUUGAGUGUGCUGAGCAGCAUCUGUCAUCCUGAGAACGGUGCUUGCUCUGUGUUGUCGGACGUGGCUGUCAAGGCCUGAGCAGCUCUAGUGAGCAAUGGAGGGUGCCAGCACAUGGCUACUGUUAGUAUAUUUUCAGUAGGCCCGUUAUUCCCAGGAACAGAGCUUUAGCUGAGUGCCUGCUGGCACACUGGUAGUUGGACUGCAAGAUUCAGUCAUUGCAAAGGGCUUUAAACCUCUCUUGGGAUUCUCUUGCAAACUACAAACCAGGGUCAAUCACAGGGCUUCUCCUGCAGUGACAUGACAAUCAGAGCUGUGUCCUUUUGGCAUAACAGAAACGGGGAGCCAGCCAGAGUACAGGAGCAGCUGGUAGGACAACUUCUGCUUUGUCUUUGCUGGGCAACCGUGUUACUACCGAAGAGGCCAUGCCCUGAGCUGCAGGCAGUGGGAGUUUGUCAGGAGAGGUUUUGUAUGUGCUUUCCUGUUCCCAUACUCUUCCCUGCUCAUUUACUGUGGCUGGGGCAAGAGAUGGGCAUGAUGCAGUGGUGACCAUUCUUAGCUUACUUCUCUUGUGUGUGAAAACAGACAUUUAGGCAGUUUGUUGAAAAGAGACUUUCUGCUUUUAGCCAAGUGAGAGGCCCUGGUAUCUUUGUGACUGCCCACUCUGCAUAUGUUGCAGGUUGCUUCCUUGAGGGCUUACCUAAUGUACAGAACCACUGCUUCUUUCUGCAGAGAUCUGUAGCUCUGAUCAACACUCCAGGCUGAAUCUUCAGUCCCGUCUUCUGAGAGCAUUGUGCGUUUCUUCAGCCCCUUGAAAGCAUCCUUCUGUUGGAAAUCAUUUUUUUCCUUGACUCUCCCACAGGUCAUGAGCAAUAUGUUUCAGACAGAAAGUCAAAGGAUCAACAUUCAAACUCUCACCAAAGAGAAAUGUCACGUUUUUGUGGAUUUAAACUGGGCAGCUUAAAGUACUUGCAGACUUGCCUGUAAUGACUGCUCCUGCGACUGAUGAACAACGCAGAAUUAGGCAGGUCACACAAAUCCCCUGCUUGUACUUCAUUUUCUGUAAGUAAGUUUUACAGGUACCACUGUCUCACAGCCAAUAAUGCGGAGGUUGGCGAGUCACAGUGUUUGUAAAGCACUCUUAAGACACAGGGCACUAAAUUUGGAUAAUAACGAACUUAUCAAAAACUCUGAAAGGAAUCAAGUAAUUGAAGUAUGCAUCAUUAAGUCAGAGUUGCAUUGUGCUAGCAUGGGUAACUGGAUGACCAGAGACCCGGUGCAUGCAUUUGCAGGGAGAAGAGUGGGAGCUGGUGUCAGUGAGUUGCUCUGCUUUGUCUGCCUCCUUCCAUCCUUCUGGGAUACCACGAAAGUCCAGGCUUAGAUAAAAUAACAGACAUCAUUGUGGAUUCAGCACCUAAACAGGGAGCCUUGUUAGCUUAGUUUCUGCUUAGUUUCAGCGCAGGAGCUUUUCAACUAGCAAAACAAGUCAUCUUGGUGGCUGUAUGGGGGAAAAGUGGAGAAAAAUGAGAAUGGCAGGCAGAUCAGACAGGAUAGGGUAAUUACAUGGAUAAAGCAGCCAAGGCUUUGAAGGAAGCAUGUUUCCCUUGGUGUUUUGGUAUGGAUAUCAUCAAAAAGACUGCAGGCACUUGUCCUGCAUGGAUUAGAGACGAUGCAAAUCCCCACCUGCUUACUGGCCAGGUGUUACAGGCAGAGGCAGAGAUCAAGUGCCGGUGUUGCUGAAGUGCACUGUCACUGAGCAACAAGUAAGCAUCAGCAUGGGGCUCUGAUAAGCUGCUCUUGGCUGCUGGCCAUGAACACAGAGAAAUAAGCAGUACAGCUCUGGAUCAGGAUUUGACCCACAUUCCUCCUUGCAGUGUAGUUCAGUGUAUGCUCCUCAGAUAGCCAUUAUUCUACGAGGACAAAGAAGACCUUGUUAUCUAGAUGGGCACAUCAGCAAAAGCCACGUUCACUUGCUGCUUCAGUUUCAGAGAGCAGGAAAAAGGACAAAGCAAAUGGUCUUAAACUUUUUCCAAACAUUGGGCAAUACACCGUGACAGUUGCCACUAAAUAUUAAGUCAGAUGAAAAGUGAUUAAGAGCCUUAUUUGGAUUUCAUAGCUCCCUGAGCAUCUCAUCUGAGCGCUGUCUUGGGAAGUUAAUGUUAACAGAGUGCUUAUUCUCUUCCUUACAUUUUUGUCUUACAUUUUUGACUAGCAGGCACUAUUUCACAGUUCCAGCAGUGAGUGUAGGCAGAAAAAGGAAAAGAAUACUUCCUUGAGUCAUCAGGCAGUCUAGGAGCAAGACUGAAGCCAAGGCCAUUGUUAGCUAACAGCCAUCUACCCUAUAAAGGUAAACAUUUAGAGGUUUAUAAAUGCAUUUGGGUAUUGAUAUCAUAGUAUUAAUAGCAUGUUAGUGCAGGAUGGAGAGUCAUCUUUUUGGCAGAAUGGAAGAAGAGAAUUGAACGAGAGUUAUCUUCUCUUUAGGAUGAUUUUUUCUUUUUUAGUAGAAAAGGAGAAAGAAAAAUCCUUUUCCAUUCAAGAGCUCAUGGUAUGGUUACUUCUCAAAGAGCCUCAGCGCCGGCAGGUACGUCAUCCUCAACACCUAUGGAAUUUGAUUUGGAUUUGAGCACUGAUCUCAAAGGCAACAGCAGAUGAUAGCUCUGAACAUUUCAGCAGGCCAGCUGCUCUUUCUCAAAGUCCUGCUCAAGAGACAUUUAUACUUGUCUUCCCCCAGGCCACAAGUUCCCCAAAAGCAAGGCAAACAGGCAUACUGACAGGAACCACUGCAAGGAAAUGAAUUUUGAGCCAGCCCUGUUGUAAUGCGGACUUAAUGGUGUGGUUUUAAGACGUGGAGAGCACAGAGGAACUCAGUCUGAGAUGUUCCUUAAGGUAGUUCUCACUUGGUCCUUCUGCUGAAAGCACUGAUGCAAUACACUUCUUUGCAGGUGUGUAUUUAAUAACUGAAGUUAAACUGCAUAGGCUAUGUCGGUACAGCUUGAUUUCUGUUACACAUUGCAGAAAGGAGUCUUUUCUGAAGGAAACUUUUUCCACGUGCCUGAAUCCCCCGGUGCUCCCACAGAAAUAAUUGUACUUAACCAUAAAAGUACCCCAAGUAUUAGCUGGUAUGCAUUGUAGCUUUUUAAGAACCCAAAGGAAUGCCACAAAAUGGACGAGCCAAGGCCUUUGCUGGUGUGCAUUAAUGUGAUUUCAUGAAGCUUUCCAUGGCCUUGUGGACUUCUGGUGGAGGUGGCACUUCCCUGGCAGCAUAGAGCUUUGAGUUGGUCCUCUUUUAAAAAGGUAAUGUUCUUGAGAACGCCCAGUAAGUUGAAACUUGUUGGCUAUGGCUAGAGGUGUUUUAUGUGCUCACGGUGUUCUCAUGAAUUAGUGCCUCCCACAAGAAAGAUGUGUUUUCUAGAUGGCCACGUUGAUGUAGAAGCAAGGCUUCCUGAUGCUUGGAUCAGUUUUCUUUCUCUGUAUCCCUCUUGCAUGUUCUGCUGUGGUCCCUGGAAUCUGCUGAGGCUGCAGCAGGACCGGGCUUCUAGAGUACUUGUGCUAAACUUAAAGAUAUCCUGGCCUCCUCUGAGGGCACAGACCAUCUCACCUCCUUUUAUGGGGGGGCUGAAGACAGUUUUAACUUUGGAGGAAGAGCUGGGCUGAAAAUAAACCUACUUCAAGGCAAUACCUUAAGGGCAUCUUAUAUCUAAUCAGUCCAAUAGCUGUGACCAAGCUAGCCUUGACUACCUCCCUGGUCUGCCCCGCAGUAGAUUCACUGUUGGCAUUACUUCCCCGAGGACCAAUGUGGAAGUGACGUGUUCCCCAUCCCUGAACGUUCCUGUCUUUUAAGAACACAGUCUUAUUAGACUUUGUCUGUUACUAUCCUGGCUGCACUUCCGUAAGGUCACGCACAAAGCUCGCGCUGUGCAGGAUGGAGGCUGUGCGUAGCACUGCAGAGAGCUGAGUGUACCUCUGCUAACAGGAGGUGGGUCUUUAUGGCAGACUGAGGCCGACUCAGUCGCUCUUAGUGAGGGUGACAAUUGUGAUGAGCCCUCUGGAUUCCGGGCCAGCAGGACCACCCCUAAGACCCAAGGCGUUUCCUGUUGCAGAGAUGCAUGAUCUGCCUUACUACCCUUAAAGGUGCCUUGUUUGGCUUCUCAAUAUAACUAUGCACCAAAGGCAAGAGACUCCGUUAUCCCUGCAGACAGGAGGGAGAGCAAGGAUGACCUGGUGUGAAACAGGGAAAGUGAGUUUCUUUUCUUUAUCCUCCAAGUUUUCUGUCAACAAUCCUGCCUCUGAUGCUCCUACAUGUAUGUGCUUUUGUUUCUACCAGAGCAUAAAUCACUCUGAUUAGGAGGGAGGAUUCUUGUAUUUUUAUAUGCUGAGCCAUUUGGUUGGUUAAUUUAAUAAAGUGGCACACAGAUGAACUCUGAAAUUCACUGCCAUCUGCUGCUCCAGUACAAUCCAGUAUUACUGAUACAAAGGUACCUACCUUCAGAUAAAAUCUCGUGCUGAAAGCACUGAGUGACCACUCCGUUGAACGAAUACUUACACCAUAUGGUUGUGUUGAUGCUUGUGAACUUCUGUAACCGUUCCUAUUUUAAAGCAAUGGGUCUGAUCUGUGUGGCUCCGUACCAGCUUCUUAAUAUCUACGAAGACCAGAUGUGCGUGCAUAUAUAUAUGCAAAAAGGACCUUAUUGCUGUGGCUGGGGCUGUGGGACCCUGGGGUAGAUUAAUAUUACGGAUGUUUACUGUGUAGUACGCUGCUCUUUGGUGUAAAAAUCCUCCCUGUCUGCCUGGGGAGAAGGCAGUCCUGUGGCUCAGGCUGAGAUGGUUCGUUGCGUUAGGAGGUGUGACACGACAGGGAGCUGUCCCUCUUUUUCCCUUCUAUCAUGGAAAUGUUCCUUUGUUCUCUCUUUGUGUAGCUUCUCAAUCUGAAAUAAAAAUCACCCCAAAUAGAAUUCCUGUUUUGGCCUUUGUUUGGUGAACACGUGGACGUGUUAGCUGCCCUGGGUGGCUGGGUUUUACUGGGCUGGGAUGCUGGGCUCCGUACUGAUACUGUCACCCAAGCUGUGACUCCUUUGGAAAUGCCCCUGAAUGAGAAUUGUGUAACCUGGGCUUUGGGUCUGCUUUGCCAGCAUGCUGGUGUCACCAAUUAACUGCAUUAUAGCUCCCUUUACACCCUCCCCCUGAAGCUCAGGCCAUCUUCCGCUGGGUAAUGUUCCAUUAAGCCCUGUGCGAAGAUACUCCUCUCUGAAUGGGCUGCAGGGGAGCACAGAAUGGUAUGUAUUUCUUGGAGUUGUGUGCUAUAGUGGAGUAGAAGGGGGCUGAGAAGUGGGAGAAGUCACAGAGCAGUCCUUGGGGAUACACGGGUGAGUUGAAGGUGAGUUUGCAUUUGACACGCGUGGGCGGUCUGUGAUCAGUGCUAUAGGUUCAGAUUUAAGGUAGGGUUUUUUUUAGUACAUUAAAAGCUCAUAGGGUACAGCUUACAGUGAGGUGUGCUACGGGGUGUAUCACAAAUCCUGAUAAGAAUCUACUGUGUAGGUGUGUUUUGGUUAGUUUCAGGUACCAAAUUCUGGUCCACAGAGCUAAGAAACGAGAGUGCAAAGUUGCAAGAACUGCAAGGCCCAGAAGAAAGAAGUAUGACUGGAAGGACCUGUGUGUGGAUGAGUCGAAACUGUAACGGUGCUGUGUGAGUUUUAGGAAUCGAUCGACGUGAUGCUUUCCACAAAAGCCUGUCUGAUCCUAAGGUUGUGUCUCUGUUUUCUCUACUUCCCUGCUGACGUUGCGAGGCGAUGCCUGGAGGAACGUGGGACCGGUCAGCUGCCAGAGAAGUGCUCUAGCUCCUUGGUCACUGUCUGCUACAGUGUCAGCCUUGGACACAGAGAUGGCUGCUGCCUGAAACGAGCAGGUUUUCUGAGAGAGCCCAGAGCGCAGCAGCACUGCACAGAAGAAGAAGUUCUAUGCUGAUGGCCCUGGAUGUGGCGAAGUCACUCUCCGAAGCCUCGCUGAGCCAGAAGGCCAAAUGCUACGGAAGGUGGGACUGCGUGGACGGACAGACGGACUGCCCGGAGCUGGCCAGCAACGUGCACCAGCUUUUGGGUGCAGAGGAAGCCAAAACCACUUUGAACAGCACGGAGAGCCUGGCAGCGAGUGGAUGUGAUGGUUUGGCCACCGGUGUUACGGCACCCACGCCCAGAUUGCCUGGAAUGAAAGCAAACUGCUUGGAGAGGCGGCCACUGAUCUACGGUGGUGAUUCAUCUCGUUGCCUCGGCCACUGGGCCUUCCUGGGACAGCAGCAGAACUCCACAGAAGAAAGUGGCGCUGCCAGCGUCCGUCACGUCGCUUCCAGGCACUGGAGCCAGGCACCUUGGUCCCCGUCCUCCUCCCCUCCGGAGUCCUUGCCUCAGCAAACCCUGCCCAGCCCCAAAAGCCCCCUGCAGAGCCGCUCCAGAUCGAGCUUCUCCACUCUCUCUUUAGAGGAAAACAGCGUCUCUGAGCAGCAGGAAGGGAGGCGGUCCCAAAGCUCACCAGCCAGCCUGGACACACCUUCUGCAGCCACCUGGGAGCUGUGCCACCAGCCAGGUGUGACGGGAGGUAGGACAGGGGGAGGUAGGACAGGGGGAGGUAGGACACUGCGGGCACGCAAGGCCCUCAGCCCCCUGCUGCGUGACUGUGCUGCCGUGGAGCGUGUCAGGAAGAUGUCCUCCUAUCAGGCUGAUUACUGGGCAUGCGCCAUACCCGAUUCCUUACCCCCAUCCCCGGACCGUCAGUCUCCCCACUGGAACCCCAAUAAGGAGUACGAGGACUUGCUGGACUAUACGUACCCUCUGAAGCCGAAGUACAAGCUUGGGAAGGACCCGGAGCCUUUAUUCCAUGACUCGGGAGUAGAUCUGGACAGCUUCUCUCUGUCUCCUGAGGGCACGUUCAGAUCCACCAGCAUCUAUGGCGUAGGUUGGCAGGAUCGGGGAAGGAGAGAAAAUCAGCAUCGGGGGGCUGUGGCCUCUGCGAGGAGAUACUCCACCCCAGUGGCUGGAAAAGGAGGUGAUGCGGGAGCUGUCUCUCACUGUGAGCCUUCUCCCAUUGCAAAAGCAUCCUUGGCAAAGAGCGCUUCCUCCGCCGGCACAGCACGUCCUGCUGCAGGUUUUGCUCGGGGUUUGAUGUUAGCCGGGCUCAGUUCAUUUGGUUGCCCCGAUGUGGAUGGGGGAAGCUGGGGUACCGGGAAUCCCUUUUCCAGUCACGGAGGAAAGGUGAGAAGCGCUGAGAGGUUUCUGCCUACAACACGAGUACUGCCCUUGAGAAGGGAAUGGGACGGUGACGAAGAAUUCCUUUCGCUGCCUCCUCGGCUCCGGGAGCUGGAAACGUUGUCUCAGAUUUUGUCUGAUCUUUCCUUAACUAUAAGGACACCCAGGCAAAGCCACUGGGACCCCUCACCUCACAGCCACGGCCCGGAAAACCUCUCAUCCGAACGGGCUCCUUUUGGAGGAGUGGGCAGCAGGGACCAAAGGGAGAGAACUGGAGGCUCUGCUGGGCUGUGUCACCCCUACGGCUGGGACAGCGCUCAGCCAAGCAGCCGAAUCAACAGAGACCCUCUGCACAGACUGCAUCUCCCUGCCAGCAGCGGAGCCGUGCUGGAGGGGACACGGCUGAGCAGGCUGCACGCUGCAGGCUGUCCCACAGAGAGGGGUCAGUGGAGCGAGUCCCUCGCCCAGUGUGUUAAGGUGUUUUGCCACCAGCUGGAGGAGCUCAUCUGUUGGCUGUAUGACGUGGCGGACACGGCGGACAGCUGGGUGCCCCCCAUGCCUGAUGCUGCCAGCGUGAGGGCAGCGCUGCACCGUUACCUGGAGUUCAGGAAGGACGUGGCCGACCACCAGAGCCUGACAGAGAGCGUGCUGCAGCGUGGAGCUGCUCUGCUUGAGUGCAUGGCCUCCAAUUCGCCAGCCUUAAAGGACACGCUGGGUUUGAUUGAGAGGCAGUCAGAGGAGCUGGAGAACCACGCAGAGCGCCUGUACCAGUCGGUCCUGGCUGCUGUGGGUCCCGUGCAGGGGGAGGGCAGCAGCAGUGCACAGCAGGCGGCGGCUCAGGCGCCAGAGGCCCAGUGGGUGAGCAGGGUGCUGCCUCCAUCAGAGCUGAGCUUCGUUAGCCAGGCUCAGGAGGGCUGAGCAGAGCGGCUGCACGGAGAGCUCUGCAGGGAUACCACCACUGCGUUGGCCAACGUGGGCCCAUUCCAUUUGGUUUUUACUGUAGCUGCAGCAAGGCGAGCUGUACAGCUGUUGUUUGGCUCCUGGCAUUGCUGUUGAGUAUUGCUAAGUCGGGGAGCUCUGUGAGUGCAGCUCUCCGCCUCCCUUUUUGUUUCCCUGGAAUGUAGCUCACUCCUUUACUGCAGAGCUCUGUUCCACCCGUCAAGAGUGCGUUUCUUUUUAACCGAGUACUCCAUAGUGUGCAGUGCAACUCAGCCUAAGUAAAGCUGUGUGAUUCUGA